AACUAAACCCCAGACAACUAUGUCUACACAACCGGUAAUAACAGUUACCCGACAUUACAAUCUGCGAACUAAAUACAACUUUUUCGAUGACUACGAAAUUAAUAGCCGAUUUAUAACCAGCCGACUGGGUCUAACAAAAUUUGUUAUAUUGCUAUUUUCCCUGAUAUGUCUGAUACUGGUAUUGUCGGAAACCCAGACAGCUGCCUGUUCAAAAAGUGACCGCCGUCUAAGCGAUCAGAUGACCUGCUAUAAGAUAUAUACGGGCGAUCUGUAUUUAUUGUUAGUUAACUUUGGGCACCUGUAUAUUAUAGUACUGAUGGCUAUUACCAGCCUGUUUUCGUCAACCACCGAAACCCUGUUACCAAAGACUACGUUUGACUAUAUCUUUCAUCACAUGGCGUUUGUCUUGUAUCUGAUCGGAGGUGUUUGGGUGCUAAUCGACUCGCUAUCCGAUGGCCGGACAGGUACUAUCAUAGCUGGAUCGUUGUUUGCAUUGUUAUGUUCGGCCGGACAUCUAAUUCAUGGUAUGCUUUCCUAUCAAAAACAUAUCGACGUAUAA